UGUCAAGUGGGUGGUGGUGCUGGCGAUUCUGACGGCUUCGCUACUGGUGUUGCCGCCUAUACUGCCACCAUUGCCGCCUCCGCCGAUGUUGCUGAUGCUGUUUCCGGUGGGGAUAAUGGCCCUUCUCAUGUUCUUGGCUUUCUCUCCGGCCAACGGCGCCGCCAAUGUGGUUGUCUACAACCUCUAG